UCUUCUUCUUUUGGGUAAAGUAAACAAUCAAAAAAAAAAAAAAACACAGAGAAGACGAAGAAGAAGAAGAUUUGCUUUUUACGUGCUCUCAACUAUAAUCGGCGAGACAGAGAAAGAUUUGAUUUUCCCCUGUUCACGUGCAUGGUGGAAAUGGAAGUAUCGGUGUUGAAGGCUCUUCGAGGAAGUAUCUCGUCGUUUCUAAAUCUGUCAUCUUCCAAACAUAUUGAUUUAGACCCAUUUGAUAAGUACUAUAAGAGAGUUGAAGAGUUGUUGAGAGUGUUGGAGCCAAUUGCAGAAGCUGUUGUUAACUCUGAUGAUCUUGUUUUUGAUGAGAAGAAACUUGUUAAAGCAUUUGAAGAAUUGACUCAGGAUGUUGAUCAGUCCAUUGAUCUUUUCAGGAGUUGGCAAGCUUUCUCCAGUAAAGUCUAUUUUGUUCUCCAAAUUGAAUCUUUGAUACCGAAGAUGCGAGAGACUAUUGUGGAUACUUUCCAGUUUCUGAUGUCUUCUAAGAAUCAUUUACCUGAUGAGCUAAGCCCAGCUUCCCUUGAGCAAUGUCUAGAGGAGAUUAAGCAUCUUAAUUAUGAAGAAAUCUCUUCCGUCAUUGAUGGUGCAUUGAGGGAUCAGAGAGAUGGUGUUGGACCAAGCCCUGAGAUCUUGGUGAAAAUCGGAGAGAACACUGGUCUGAGAUCAAACCAGGAGAUUCUGAUUGAAGCUGUUGCUCUGGAGAGGCAGAAAGAGAUGGCUGAACAGUCUGAGAAUAAUGCAGAAGUCGAGUUCCUUGACCAACUGAUUGUUAUUGUAAACCGCAUGCACGAGCGUCUUCUUCUCAUCAAACAGACUCAGACAUCUAGUGUCGCCAUUCUUGCUGACUUCUUUUGUCCUCUGUCACUUGAAGUAAUGACUGAUCCAGUGAUUGUGUCAUCAGGACAGACAUAUGAAAAGGCCUUCAUCAAGAGAUGGAUUGAUUUAGGUUUAAAAGUGUGUCCCAAGACUCGGCAGACUCUGACUCAUACGACUCUAAUACCCAAUUACACCGUGAAGGCCUUAAUUGCUAACUGGUGUGAGACAAACGAUGUCAAGCUGCCUGAUCCCAAUAAAUCAACGAGUUUAAACGAGCUUUCUCCUCUUUUAUCAUGUACAGACUCCAUUCCUAGCACGAACCCUGAUGUUUAUGCUCAUAAGGUUAGCAACAAGUCACAUGAUUGGGAUGCUUCUUCAAGUGAAAUCGGGAAGCCCUCAUUCUCAAGCCGAGCAAUUGAAAGAGAAAGUGCUUCUUCUCCUUCACGUCCUGCUUCUGCUUUGGGGGCUUCUUCACCGAGUGUAUCUGGAAAUGGGUAUGGAUUGGACGCCAGGAGGGGAUCACUAAACGAUUUUGAAGAUAGAUCUAACGAUUCUCGAGAAUUGAAGACAGAUGCACCCGGUAGGUCAUCUGUAUCUUCAACUACACGAGGCUCAGUGGAAAAUGGACAAACAUCUGAGAACCACCAUAAUAGGUCCCCUUCUGCUGCUAGCACUGUUUCCAAUGAGGACUUUCCAAGAGCAGAUGUGAAUGAGAAUUCAGAAGAAUCAGCUCAUGCUACACCUUACAGCAGUGAUGCUUCAGGAGAAAUUAGAUCAGGGCCUCUUGGUGCAACCACUUCAGCAGCUCCUCGGCGAGAUUUCUCAGAUUUUUCACCAAAAUUUAUGGACAGACGUAACCGUGGUCAGUUUUGGCGACGUCCAUCAGAGAGGCUUGGUUCAAGGAUUGUUUCAGCACCUUCGAACGAGACAAGACGUGAACUUCUAGAAGUCGAAACCCAAGUUAAGAAAUUGGUGGAGGAGUUAAAAAGCACUUCAUUAGAUAUUCAGAGACAAGCAACGGCAGAACUAAGGUUACUAGCUAAGCACAACAUGGAUAACCGUAUAGUCAUAGGGAACUCUGGGGCAAUCAUCUUAUUAGUGGAACUACUUUACUCAAACGACUCAGCUACACAGGAAAACGCUGUUACAGCCCUUCUCAACUUGUCUAUUAAUGACAACAACAAAAGUGCAAUUGCUGAUGCUGGUGCGAUCGAGCCGCUCAUCCACGUGCUUCAAAAUGGUAGUUCUGAAGCUAAGGAGAAUUCAGCAGCAACCCUCUUCAGCCUCUCUGUGAUAGAAGAAAACAAGAUUAAGAUCGGUCAGUCGGGUGCAAUAGGGCCUCUUGUGGAUCUUCUCGGUAAUGGUACCCCUCGGGGUAAGAAAGACGCUGCUACUGCAUUGUUUAAUCUCUCGAUACAUCAAGAAAACAAGGCGACGAUUGUGCAAUCUGGUGCUGUAAGAUAUCUUAUAGAUCUUAUGGACCCAGCAGCUGGGAUGGUGGAUAAGGCCGUUGCUGUUUUGGCAAAUCUAGCUACAAUCCCGGAAGGAAGAAACGCGAUUGGUCAAGAAGGUGGGAUCCCUCUUCUUGUUGAAGUCGUUGAGUUGGGUUCAGCUAGAGGGAAAGAAAACGCUGCAGCAGCUCUUCUUCAGUUAUCAACCAAUAGUGGCCGGUUCUGCAACAUGGUUCUCCAAGAAGGAGCCGUUCCCCCACUUGUUGCUCUCUCACAGUCUGGUACUCCUAGAGCUAGAGAAAAGGCACAGGCAUUGCUGAGUUACUUCAGAAACCAACGGCAUGGAAACGCCGGGCGUGGCUGAUGGAUGAUGAUGAAGUUGUUGUUGAUAAUGAUGAUGAUGAUGAUGAUGUUGAUGAUGCACAGAUUCUGGUCCUUCAUUGCCUAUUCUAUGUUUUGUCUUCUUACCUAAGUAGUGAUUUUGUACAAAAGAGGUUUCUUCUGCAAAUAAUUUCAUACCCAAGAUUUUUUUUUUUUUUGGUUGGUUCUCUGUAUUCUUUAAUUUUCGAUUGAUUCUCAGAAUAAUCUUUGAUUUGGAAUAGUAUUUUUUUCCUAAGUUUUCUUUUUCUGUA